CUGUGAUAGUGUGCCCCUAGCGUUCGCUUAGAACAAUCCUGUUUGGAGCAGGGUUGUGAAAGCUCUGGAAAGUCCCGUAGACGGAAAUCCCCUCAGUCUCGGUUUUUUUCCUGACCAUAUAAAAAAAACCUUUGUACACAAAGUUAAUCGCAUUGGGCACACACGCGCACGCACACACGAACAGCGAUCUAAAAGCAUAACGUUGUGACGUUAACGUUACCGAACAGGAUUGAGUGGAUCGGAUUGUGAAGCCUUAAUGGCGGUCUGCAUCGAUUUGGUUAUUCUGGCUAAAGGGACAGCAGGAUCGCCUGGCCGUCGCUAAGGGACUGUUGUUGAUACCGACAUAUUUUACAGUUUCCCCUGGUUCCCAUACCCCUCCAGUAACCAGGAUGUCCCAGGGGCACAACUUCCUGCCCAAGUUCCUGUUCGUGAGCAACCUCCUGAAGGCCAUGAAGAUCCGGGAGCAGGUGCCCAACGACGUGGUGAAGCCGGCCAACGGCAGCGGGGGCGGGGGCGUGAUCCAUCACCUCCGCGCCCUCCACCGCCACACAGUGGAGAUGCUGCCCACGGGGCACUUCCCCCAGGCCUUCUGCCAGCUGGUGCAGGGGGUGCUGCUGGACCGGGCCAUGCAGACCUCCCUGGAGCAAGAGAAGAAGCUCAACUGGUGCCAUGAGGUGAAGAACCUGGUACCGCUCCGGACCAACGGUGAUGGUAACUGCCUGCUACAUGCAACAUCGCAGUACAUGCUGGGAGUGCAGGACACGGACCUGGUCCUCCGCAAGGCGCUAUAUGGAGCCCUAAAGGACACAGACACGCGCAACUUCCGCAUGCGAUUCCAGACACAGCUGCUGCAGUCACAGGAAUUCACGCAAACGGGGCUGCGAUACAACACACUAAACUGGGAGGAGGAGUGGGAGAAGGUGGUGAAGAUGGCGUCUCCGGGCUCCAGCCGCAGCGGCCUGCAGUACGACUCCCUGGAGGAUAUCCACAUCUUCGUCCUGUCCAACAUCCUCCGCAGACCCAUCAUCGUCAUCGCAGACGAGGUCCUGAGGAGCAUGGAGUCUGGAUCCUCCCUCUCCCCCCUCAGCGUGGGGGGCAUCUACCUCCCUCUGCACUGGCCUCCCAAGGAGUGCUACAAGUAUCCCAUAGUGCUCGGCUACCACUCUCAACACUUUGCACCCCUCCUGACCGUGAGAGACAGCGGCCCAGAGAUCCGAGCCGUGCCGUUGUCCAGCCCAGCAAGGGGCGGUUUCGAGGAGCUGAAGGUCCACUUCCUCCUGGAGAAGGAGCAGCAGCAGAGCAGGAGGCUGAUCGCUGACUACCUGGCCCUGGCAGAGAUGUCCGUCAGCGGUCUGACGGUCAACAGCACCGAGACCAUCCUCACAGCCAGGUUGGCUGAAGGGAACCUUCCGGAAGACAUGGACCUGAUGGAGGACUACCUGCAGCUGGUGAACCACGAGUACAAGCGCUGGGAGGAGGACCGGGAGCCCACCUGGGAGCCCCGGCCCCAGCGCCCGCCUCCCUUCUCCGUCUCCCAGCUGUCGCUGGUGGAGAUCCGCUGCGCCACGCCCAGGUGCUCGUACUACGUCUCCGUGGACACGCAGCCCCACUGCCACGAGUGCUUCGAGCGGCGCAGGGUGAGCGAGCAGGGCGAGGCCUACCCGGAGGCGGAGCCCGGGGCCAAACCGGGCUCCGCCCUGCUGCCCAGCCCCCGCUCGGCCCCGCCCACGGCGCCCAGCCUCAGCCUGUACAGCGAGACGCACGCCAUGAAGUGCAAGACGGCGGGCUGCCUGUUCACGCUGCGCGUGGAGCGCGAGGGCCUGUGUGAGCGCUGCUACGCGGCGCGGCAGAGCGGCCUGCCCGUCCCGCCGGGGCCCCAGGACUGGGCCCAGCGCUGCUCCCGCUGCCAGCAGGAGGCGCAAAGGACGUUUAACGGGCUCUGCCCCUCCUGCCUCCCCUGGAGCUCCAGGGAGAGGCCGGGGCCCCCGUCCGAACCCGCCCACACGCGGGGCGACUCCAGCCUCUCCGCCCUCCACCGGCAGAGCUGCACGGGACAGCCUUGCAAGAGGACCAGCUGCCAGUACUACGGCACCCCCGAAAAACUGGGCUUCUGCACCAUCUGCUACGUAGACUACCAGACCAACCACCGCCCAGACCCCGUGGUGACGCGUGCCCCCCUCGUGCCCCCCUCGUCGGGGGCGCCCCGCUCGGAGGCAGGCUUCCACAACACCCCCCGCUGCCUGGGAGCCGGCUGCAGCUCCCAGGGCCUGCCCAUGUACGAGGGCUACUGCAGCCGCUGCUUCGUGAGGGAGCAGGCCGCCAGGCUGAACCGAGCCGGGCCCCGGGCCCCCAGAGGACACCAGUCCCCUCCUCCGCGGGCGGCGCAGCCGAGGCAGACGCAGACCCAGACGCAGACGCAGACGCAGACGAGGCUACAGUGCAGCCGCGGGAGCUGCAAGAACGCGUCCCCGGGCUGCCUGGAGCUCUGUGCGGAGUGCCAGGCCAGGGGCCCGAGGGAGGGCCGCAGGACUCAGGCCCCCAAAGAGGGGCCCAAACACAGCUGCAAGACCCUGGGCUGCGACCACUACGCCAACCAGGACAAGCACGGCUACUGCAACGAAUGUGAUCACUUUAAGCAGAUCUACCGAGCGUGAUCUGGGGGGCGCGGGAUGGAGGAGGCUGCUAUACACGUCCGCAUUCAACAUCCACACGCGACCAUACACAUUCAACAUCCACGCACAACCAUACACAUUCAACAUCCACACACAUCCACGCACAACCAUACACAUUCAACAUCCACACACAUCCACGCACAACCAUACACAUUCAACAUCCACACACAUCCACGCACAACCAUACACAUUCAACAUCCACACACAUCCAUGCACAACCAUACACAUUCAACAGCCACACACAUCCACGCACAACCAUACACAUUCAACAUCCACACAAAUCCACACCAACCAUACACAUCCACAUUCAACAUCCACACACAUCUGCUCACAACCACACACAACCACGCACAUGCAACACCCACAUACAUCCACACUCAACUAUACACAUUCAACAUCCACACACAUCCCCGCACAACCAUACACAUUCAACAUCCACACACGUCCAUAUUCAACAUCCACACACAUCUGCUCACAACCAUACACAACCAUGCACAUUCAACACCCACAUACAUCCACACACAACUAUACACAUUCAACAUCCACACACAACCAUACACAUCCACAUUCAACACCCGCACACAACCACACACAACCAUACACGUCCACAUUCAACAUCCACGCACGUCCAUAUUCAACAUCCACGCACGUCCACACACAUUCAAACACCAACACUCGAACAAUGCACCCGAGUCGCUUCUCUUCUCUCCACUGAAAUAUGGCGGGCUCCUAUUGCUUCUGUUCAAACACAACACUAGGACUAUUCAUCAAGAAAAACUCGAAAGACGGGUCGGAUGACCCGCAGCAAGGGUUUGGUGGAAGGCAAGAAAUGUUUGAAGUGAGCAGUUGAGGGUGGUGCAGAGGUGUGUACGCGCGAGUUUGGGCAGUACUGUUUCAGAUCACACUGCCGAGGGGUCACCGUCGACAGAUACCGGUGAUUUAAUGCUGAGUUAAAUAAUAACAGCCAGUGAUUCGAGUUUUGCUCCUUUUAUGCAGUCCAAGUGUCUUUGUGCACUUCCUGUGAAAUAAUUUUAGCUAUGACGAAAAAAAAAACAAAAAGCAUAAAUUAACACACACUCAUUCAUUCAUUAUAGCUUAAAAUAUGACCUGAUCUCUGAUAUAAGUAAAAUUAUUUAAUGUAAAAGGCAUGGUAAUGCUGGGUAGUGUUAGCAUGCACUUUAAGGCAAUGCUACCAAAUUAGAUGGCAUUAAGUCAAAAUUGAGCUGCUGAUUUUUUAAAAGGGGUUUAAAACACUUUCCACUCUAAGGUCCGUUCUCCAUGUGGGGCAUUCCUGCUCACUGCUUGGGGCCAGAUGUAAUCGUGUAUGGGUGUGUUGGUUUUUUCGUUUUUUUUUUACAUUAUUGGCCAGAUAUGAAUCUAAGCAUAGCAAGAAAACGUACUUUUAAGAGCUUUGAUUAGCCCGUUUCGAGCCCAAGCCCACACUGCCAGGCCUGGCAGUAGCAUCUAUAAGCCCGUAGUUUUCAUCUUCGUGUUGAAAUAGCUGUUGCAUUCCAAGAACGCCGAAGUCAGAGACGUAGAAAUGAGCAUCAUUAAAUGGUGGCAGGCGGCUCUGCCCGCAGGACUGCUUGCCAGUCGGAGCCACUGCUCAUUCUACAGUAUAUCUCACUGGAAACUUAAGAGAGCGCUUAUAGGACCUGGCACACCAAGCACAUUUUAUAGGCUUAGACUGCAAUUAAUCUCAUCACCAUAAAAAUCAUAAUCACUCUUAAGGGAAUUGCCCGCAUCAAAUGCGUGCGAAACUCCCUUUGACUGAAAGCAAGCCUCGGUGAAAUCCCCCUCAGCGCCUAACAACCGCGAGAGAGCCGCACCAUCGGAAAAUAAACAUUCGCGAGCGAGGGCCGCGCCCUCUCUGCACCCGCUGCUCCUCCUCCUCCACUUCCUGCUGUCGGCCUCGGUCGCCGCUCCACUGCACAGUGCCUGUGUUCGCGCAACGCUUUUUUCUGCAGUUGCACAAACUGAACUAGUUUUGUAAUACCGUGUUUUUGUGAUUAUUCAUUAUUUGAUGUCGCAGUAACUGCCAAAAAUACUGACGGAGAUAACUGUUCAUUUGUGAGUCGUCAUGGCAAAUUGAAAAACAUUUACCUGUAAAAUUUGUAUCUCCAGAACACGGAUUAUGUUGUUUCUAGUUUUGUCUUAUUUACAAAAAUGAACAUGUGGAUAAACAAAUCUGUGCUUUUGCCAAAGUGAACAGACUGAAAGGCAGUUGUCUGUCUCAUAAAGAGGUAUUUAAGACAUUCACACUUACGUCUUCGAACUCAAUGCAGAGUCACAGUCUCAAUAUUGCACAAUACUUUAAUAAGCUGUUGUGGUGUACAAGAUGGUACUUCAUUUAAACCUGGAGCAAUCCAUGGACAAACACGAUGAUUUACCUUAAAACUUUGAGAAACCAUUUUCUUUUUUCCAGUUUAACGGUGUAUAAUUAAAUCUGUAUUUGUUGAGUAUUUAUUCAUUUAAAAAAUCGGUUCUGUGUCUAUCAAUAAUUUAUACAUUGUCUUGAAAAUAAAUUAUUUUUAAUAAUA